ACUGCGAGGAAGCGGAAGACGGAGUUGCCGAGGAGGCGAGUUGGAGUAGCCGGAGUGCGAUGUUCAGCAACAGCAUGGCGGACCCGCGGCGGCCCAACCGCGUCCUCAGAUACAAGCCUCCAUCUACAGAGAACAACCCUACCCUGGAAGACCCCACACCAGACUACAUGAAUCUGCUGGGAAUGAUUUUCAGUAUGUGUGGCUUGAUGCUAAAGCUAAAGUGGUGCGCCUGGAUUGCUGUCUACUGCUCAUUCAUCAGCUUUGCCAACUCUCGGAGCUCAGAAGACACCAAACAGAUGAUGAGCAGUUUCAUGUUGUCCAUCUCUGCUGUAGUGAUGUCCUACCUUCAAAACCCCCAGCCCAUGUCUCCUCCUUGGUGAAAUGAUGACCCCUCUUAGAUCUCCUCUUGCAAAGCAGAAGCACCCUCCCUUUUGAGAGAGGACCAUUUUCUCAGGCAAUGCGGACCUAUUUGCACAAAGAUAGUCUUGCAAAAGUAUUGGGAGUAUUCCUUUUGCUGUGUCAAUAAAGUGAUGGUUGUUAAAGUUA